AUGGUUGGCGCCCGGCCGCGGGGCGUUGGCGCUGUAAAAGUGCACGCCGUCUACGGAGGUGCAGAGCAGGUACGCGGCGGAGCGGCGCCCAAGACGCUCCUGCGCGGUGGACGCCCGCCCCAGCAGCGCCGCCGCGCCCAGGCCGCCCGCCCUGCGGAGGGCCGCCGUGUUGUUCAGCCAAUCCCCCCGCAGAACCGCGCCCUCGUCGCCGCCGCUGCUGCUGCUGCUGCCGCCGGCGUCCCAGAGGCAGCCGCUGCGGGCGUCGAUGAUAAACACGGGGAGCGCCAGCGGGUUGCGCGGCCCCGCGUCCGCCGCCUGCACGUCGGCGGUCAGGGUGACGCCGCCACACACCUCCCCAAAGAGGUCGGUGCGAAGAACCGCCACCGCCACCGCCCGGCCACUGCCGGCGCCGAUGCCGUUCCCCACAAAACACGCAUCUGCGCGGUGGUAGUAACUCGGCGGCCGCUCCGCGAAGCCAGAGACCCACACGGAUGA